AUGCUUCGAAUUAGGUUAGAGGAGAAUCCAGAACAUAAUUAUUAUUUAUACGUAAAAGAUUGUAAGACGAUUAAAGAGAAUAAGCUGAAGUUCUGCCUCUACUUGUACAGAAGUAUUGCCGAUUUGGUUGACCUGAUAUCACCGGAAUUGCAAGUUUCUGAACCUAUGGAAUCUCUGGGCUACGUAAUAAUGAAUUUAAUGCAGAUCUCCUUGCUACUGUUCUCGCCGUUCGUCAUUGUCGACUUCUAUUCAGCAGAAGUAGAAAAAAUGCGACUGUUUCUAUUCCAUAGAUUGAUAGAUCAAGAUAAUUCAGAAGAUAAAGAAGACAUAGAAAUGUUUCUUCGCUACACAGAUAUAAGAACAUUCAAGUAUCGAAUAUUUCGCGUAAUACCUAUCAACAUGUUUUUGCCUCUAGAGAUGAUCAACAUAUGUAUUAAUUAUGUGAUUGUAUUGAUUAACUUUACUCACUUGUAUUGA